UUUACGGUCUUGUAGACACUUGUGUUCUGUUUUUCGGAAUUUCCCUAAAUUCUCUUUUGUUCUUCCUAAUAAAAACAAAAACUGUAGCAAUUAUGUUGCCCUACAAGAAGCUUUUAUUAAUGAGUUGUUUGAUGGAUUGGAUUGUUGGUUUUUGGACUUUUAUCGUUCAACCUAUCCCUUGUGGAGAUCACGGCUAUAGAACAGUUCUGAUGAAUGGAUUUUUUAGAAAGUCGACUCAACCAAUACGUUAUGCUGCUUAUCUUAUUUGGAUACAAAUGAUGCACUUCUUCCUCGUAACGACAAUGUCUCAAUACGUCUACCGCUUUUGCAUACUCUGCCGCAUAAUGUCCAAUACAAUAUUCUUUUCCCUCAUCUUUGCCCAACUAUUUUUGAACGGAGCACAUGCUGUACUGCUUGCUUGGGCUGAUUAUCCACGAGCUAAUGAAUUUGGUGAGAUGCAGGAGCUUGCUAAAAUGAUGGCUAGCGAGUCUGGAUUGAGUGAUAUUAGCUUUGUUUCGUUUGUGAACACGGUGAAUAAAAAUUAAAAUGAGUAAAG